AUGAAGCGUCGAUUAUUGAAAGUUGUAGAACAUGACCCCGAUACAAACAAGGAUGAAAUUGAAUACAGAAAGAUAUUACAAGAGUUUCAGAACAGAAAUCGGGAAGAAGAGGAAAUUACUUUUUCUGACACCAUGAGUGAAAUGCUUUAUAAAUUUGGAUUGAAGGACUACAAGCCUUUGAGUCCAAAAUAUCAAGUGAUUUAUACAAAAAUCAAAUAUUGUUUAUUUGUAAUUUUUGGAUUUUUGAUGAGUUUGUUGUAUCAAUCUGGAAAGAAGAGUUUAAAUCCUUUACUGAUACAUUUAGGUUUGCCCGGUGGUUUAGAAGAUGUUCCUGUUGUUAUUCAUUUCAUUGCCAUUUCUCUCACUAUGUUCUUUGGCUUUCACGCCGUACUAUGCUCUCCUCUUGUGAGAAUUUCUCCAAGAACAAAGAAUCAAUUGCAAACGAUGCAUUUUCUUAAGGUGAAAAUUCCUCUCUUUUUACUUUGCCUUGCAGCACCAUAUUCUCUCAUCCCAGAGUCAGUGAUUAACUUUUACGUUACAUCAUCAAAAUAUUUACUAUUCGUGUUCAUGGUUCUUCAAUCAAUUUUUAUCAUUGAUUUUGCAUACAGAUGGGGAAGAAGUUGGCAAGAGGAGGAUGAUUGGAGAUGGGAUACGGCGUUGAUAUCAAUCUCUUGCAUUUUCAUUGUCUCAACUGUAGCCAUUUUUGUAGCUUCAUUCUUUUAUAGCGGAUUUAAGACUUCUGGAUGUUUAUUGAACUUUUAUGUGACGAUAUUCACUUGUAUUCUCAGCUUUAUUUUGCUAAUUGCAUCCUUAUUCACUGAGCAUUCUUCACUGUUUAGUGGAAGCAUGAUAACAUUCUACAUUGCAACAAUAUCAUUGAACGUCAUUGUUAGCAAGCCAAUAACCGACAAGAUGUGCUCCCUAUCAGGAGGCUAUCCCGUCACAUUGGCAGCCAUGCUUUUCACCACGGUCGCUGCUAUUUACAGUUCAAUUUAUUCGACAACCGGAAUUCAAUUCUUACUUCACUUUUUGUGGUACGGAGAAGAGCCAGAAGAGGACGAACAACAUGAUUUUGUAAAGAAUGACAGUUCGCUCAACAACAGCUACUUUUUCUUCCAUGUCUUUAUGGCACUUUGCUCGUGCUAUGUGACAACAUUUUUCCAAGAUUUUCAUGGAUGGACUGAGCUCGGUGUGCAAGCUUUCUUCCUUUUAUUCACAAUUGCAAUGUAUGGAUGGAGUUUGAUGGCUCCCUAUGUACUGUAUUGGAGAAGAUUUGAUUAA